UGAGAGGUACGGCCAUGUUGCGGCCGCGGACGGCGGGAAAUCGCGGCCGCCCAUGGGAGGCGUGCGGCACCGGCUCGAGGAAAAAGGACGGGGAGAUGCGCAGGUUGGGCGGGGAAAAGAGAGGGCCGCGAGGCGGCGCGACGCAGAGGGCGUGCGGCCGCGCGGACGCCACGCACUCCUGCCUCGGUCGCGUCGACGGGCGGCCGGGAUCGCGCUCCUCGCCACACUGACUCCGCACGCUGCCUGCACAGACUUUUCUCUUGCGUUUUUCGCCGCGCCGGUACCGGCGGGCACGUGAUACCUGUUUUUUCUCUCUCGCUCGACUGUGACAGCAGGGUGUCGCGUGCGAUCGCACUUUUCCCGCCACUUCUAGUGGAAAUCGGACGCCUCACAAGUUUUUGGCGCGAAAUGUGUACGGAUGGUUUCCAGUGUCAGAAGCUAGAAUGACUGCACGGUUUGUUUGUGAAAAGUCGUUGGAGCUGUGUUAGCCGGUCUAGUAGCUGUAAAAGUCGUUAUAAUGGAUGACUGGGAGCGGCACGUGACCCCCCUCCUGCAGGACAUGGGCUGCCCCAGCGAGGAUGCUCAGGACGACUUCUUUAACCAACAAGACUUGCUCGUGGGCAGCAGCGGGGCGGGCGCGGGCGGUGCGGCCACGUCGCCGGACGGGGGCUCCAACUCGGCGCCUCCGCUGUCGCCCGGCGGCUCCGCCGUGGCCGGCGGCGCGCUUUCCCCGGGCGCCGGCAGCCACGCCAGCACCCCUGCAGCCUCCUGCUGCGACACGCCGCGCCCCAUUAUCACCGACCCCGUCUCCGGCCAGACCGUCUGCUCCUGCCAGUACGACGGCGCCCGCCUCGCACUCUCCUCCUACCCCCGGCUCUCCAGCGCCGCCGUCGGCGUAUACGGCACGCCAUACCCCUCCACCGACCAGAACCCCUACCCUAGCAUCGGAGUCGACAGCUCCGCAUUUUACUCCCCAUUGAGCAACCCUUACGCACUGAAGGAGGGCAGCGGUGAGAUGUCGGCGUGGACGUCCGCGGGCCUGCAGCCCUCGGGCGGCUACUACCCCUACGACCCCACGCUGGCGGCCUACGGAUAUGGAGCGGGGUACGAUUUAGCGGCGAGACGAAAAAAUGCCACGCGGGAGUCUACCGCCACGCUCAAGGCGUGGCUGAACGAGCACAAGAAGAACCCGUACCCGACGAAGGGCGAGAAGAUCAUGCUAGCCAUCAUCACCAAGAUGACGCUCACACAGGUCUCAACGUGGUUCGCCAACGCGCGUCGCCGCCUCAAGAAGGAGAACAAGAUGACGUGGGAGCCCAAGAAUAAAACCGACGAUGAUGACGACACCAUGCUCUCCGACGACGAAAAGGACAAAGACGAACAGGACGACAAAAUCAAACCCCACAAAGAUGAGGAGAGGAAAGGCGACGAGCUGCUGCAGGGGAUGCACCACCAGCUGCUGGGAUACGGUAUCAAAGAGGAGGCGAAACGGGGAUCCGACUGCGGCGUGCCAAUACCGGCGUCGAAGCCCAAGAUAUGGUCAUUGGCGGACACGGCGGCGUGCAAGACGCCGCCACCAGCGGCACAGCCAUGGCCACAGCAUGCGUACGGCGGCGCCGCGGGGCCCGAGCGCGGCGCAGACAGCGGCUCCAACGGGUUCGCGCUGCCUGCCACGGCAGCUGCCAGCCCCGCCACUGGUUCAUACGGCCGGUAUGGUGGCUUCCCCGGCCAGUACGGAGCGCAGCACCCCUGUGUGCACCCCGCCGCCUUUCCCGAUGUGCAGACUGACACGCCGCCGCAGACGCCACCCAACAUGAAAGUGCCCAGCGUGGCCAACCCGCUCGGCAGCGGCGGCGGUGCGCCCUACUGCUUCCCGCGCCACCAGCAAUCACCGCAGCGCGACCCCUACCACAACAACCACCAUCCUGUAAACCAUCAGCCCAACCAGCCCCAUCACAAUGAAAGCUCGGCCGCGUUCAAGCCCUUUUAUAAAAGUUCACUACAACACCCCAACGGUUUCGUGCCGGCCGUCUGAAAGCGGACCGCUCCACUGGCGGUAAAGCAAGUGAAGUGGGUCGCUGCGCCGCGUCUCGGACUCUGGGCAGUGUUCAGUGUUUCAGUCCGUGACCUCAUGUCAUAGCGAUUAAGACACUAUGAAAAGCACUAGCCCUUCCUUAGGCUCAAAUAUGAAUGAUGGUCGUCGACCCAUUGUAAUUUCUAACCUAUUUGUUUGGUGCAUUGAUAUGUAUGAUGUAGUCGUUCGAUUUAUAUUAGCUGGCCCCGAACGGCUAAUCCUUUGUCUAUUAUUAAGUAAAGCACGUGCUACUUACUUGCAUAAAAAACGUUGGGUCGCUUUAACCGGUUACUGAAUUACGACUCUAUGUUAAUGGGAAUAAGAUUCAAAAUGAACUAAAGGAAAAUAAAAAUGCGACUAUGUGUGGUCUCUCUACGGUUACUGAGUGCUGGCGAGUCGAACGCUACAGAACCAGUCUAAAAUGUGUCAUCAAGACGCGUAACAAAGGUGCGUUAUCGGAGAGCGCACUUACAUUGGUUUUUUGAGCGUUUGACUAGCAUGCGCUCAGGUGCCAAUUAGAAUUAUACGACCGUUUUUUUAAGGUAGUAGCACGUGCGGUUUUACUUAACAAUAGACAAAGGAUGAGCCGUUCGGGGCCAGCUACAAAUCGAACGACUAUAGUUACAUUGAAUAGUGUACUUCGAAUCCCUAAAUGCACAGAAUUGUAGGUAGGUAUCUUAUGAUAUUGUAUUUUGUUAUCUGUAGGUACUUGAGUUAUGAUCGAGGUUUGUCGACUUUCGUCCUACUUUGUACUUAAAACGAAUCACUGUACGAAAUCAAUAUUGCUCAGUAUUUUUAUAGAUUUAAGAGUAUUAUGGAAGUAUAAGUAAAUUAUUUGUAUAUUUGCAAGACUCGGCGCCGUGGCUCGGCGUGUAGCUUGUGGCUUAGGUGUGACCGGCGCUGGUACUUUUGUUUUACUUCUUCGAACGUUCAUUUGUCUAAAUGUAAUUUCAAAGCAAUAAGUUAUUGAUUAGUUCAGGUGCCAGACAGUACUUUUACUAGUUCAUAAGAUAGAGUACGCUCAGUACGUAGGCAGUAAGGGAAGCAUAGUUUGGUUUCGUACCCUAUACCUAUAGUAAACUAUUGUUUAUUUUUGUUAAAAAGAACUAUAUGAAUAAUCGAUAAACAACCAUCGGUUCGGUUAUUGUUGUUGCUCUUGUAUAUAAAAUGUUUUGUAGAUUUUCUAUUUUUAGUUUCUCAAAAAGUGUACAAAGUAUUUAGUAUGUUUUCGCCACUUUCGAUGUUGUUGAUAACAAUCGGAAUGAUCUUUAUAAAUAUUGUUUAAAAGUAUUAUUAGUAUACCUUGUAAAUAUAUUCAGAAUACCUAAAGGUUUAUUUUUUAAAUAUUGUUUGCGGUCACUAGGGAUCUUCGGUCAACGUAAUGUGUGUUGUAUUCAAAUUGUAAUCGUCCAUUUGAAAGUUAAAAUGAGUUGAGAUAAAUGAAUGAGUUAUCUGAUGACCAAUCGAUUAUGUGAUUAUUGUUAUCCACUCACGGGUCGCGCGUCGCAGGUGUGACAUGCACUUUAAAAAAAUGUCAUUGUAAAAUGAAAAUCAAUUUUACUAAUAUACCUACGUGUUAAUUACGAGUACGUAUGUUGCAUUCACAAAUGACGAAUACUAAGCAUUUUUAAGGAGUCAUGCUGUUCCAAUAGCAAGCUAUUGCACCUAUUUCACGAGCAGGGCCCGUUUCAUAAAAACCUCUAACAGUAGCAAUUAAAUAAUACCUACAAGCGCAAGACUUUCUUAAACUUUUUCCUUAUUUUAUUAUGUACGAAUAUCUGCGUAUUAUACAAGUUACAAGCUGUUGAAAAACGGGUCCCAGGUAUAUUAGGAAAGGCACCUCACCUUUUGCAACCUUCAAUUUGGGUUUAGUCAAUUAAGAUAUUAAAUCACAGCAAAAAGUUUAAUGCUAAUAUAUGUUUUAAAGUAAAAUCUAUGUAUGUAGUAUUUUUGCACGAGGCACGAGAAGAUAAAACCAUUACGUCUGACGUGACACAUCAGAUAUGAAAUUAGUGAAUUUACAACAGCAUUUUCCAUGUCCCGAGUGAAUCGACGCAAACAACGAAUUAACUCGAUGUAUAAAGUGCACAUUACUCAAGACCCUUCACUCUUAUUGUUUUCUAAAAGUCAUCUUAUUUUUCGUUGAGUUUAGCGUUUUAUGCAUCGAGCUACUUCUUAAUGUAAAGGGGACAAAAUGGACGUAUUUGAUUUUGUAGCACGGACGUUGAAGGGUCACUGACAUUAUUUCAAGUUAUUUCGAAGGCUUACGUCAAAACGGAACAACGCAAAUAGUAAACAAAUUUCAACGUGACCAAAUCGAAUACAUUCGCUUAAUAUUAAACGUUCUAUAUAGUUAUUUAUAGAGUAUUAUAUACCUAUUAAUUAUUAUUAUGAGUAACAUUAUGUAAUGAUUGUAAUUAAAUCUUUAUUUCAAA